AUGCCGGCUGACCAUGCAACGAUGUGGAAGAACGUGAGGGCCCAUUUGCAAAGGCUGGUGUUUCUUGUGGGAGCAGGGCAGAAGGCAGAGGGGCCACUCGAGGAUGGAAAGGUGGGCAAGGAGAACACGACCAUGGGCAAGGUCGGGAGCAGCUGGGAUUGGGAGAUGCUCAGUAUGGAGGAGGGAGAGGGUAUGCCAGCAGCUUAUGAGCACCUGUCCCAGCGAGACCCGUACGAGCUUUAUGACAGGAAAGGUCGGCUGGUGCGCUUGAAAUCGAGGGCAGUCCAGGAGGCUGUAGCCAGGUUGGAGCAGGAAGAAGCUCGGUUGACCAAUGAAAACCUUCCUGUGGAUUAUGACAAUGGCCCUCCUUCCCUUCAACGAGCAUACGAGGAGGUCGAAGUAGCCAUUACUCAUCUCGAUAAGGCUACAAUGGAAGCAGAGGAGUGUCGGAAGAGCCUUGAAGUUUGGAGGACCAUCUUGCUGGACGUUCAGGAGAUUCUUGGCAUGCGAG